GCCCCGUGGGGAGCUCUGCUGGAACGAGCAGCAGGGGCAGAGAGGGGAGCACGGGGAGAAGGAACCAUCCACAGGACCCGACCCAGGAGGUGGUGCUGAGCUCUGCUGGGGGAGCGUGGGCUGGGGCUCUGCCACUCCACACUCACUCCACACUCCACACACACCUACUCCUUCCUGCAAGCCUGGCAAUUACCAGUGGUGCAAAGCCCAGUUCCUGACGUGGCUGACUCAGCAAGGGCUUGGCUCCAAACAAACACAUCCAGACAGGGAGCUGCAGCGACGGGAGGCACGGCAAGAGAAGGAGGCAUUGGGGUUGGGUUUUUUUUUUUUGAAGUGUUGUGGCUCCCACCUGGCUGACUGCCCCCUGGACUUGGCUUCCUCCAACCUCCCAGCGUGGUGCUGGACGUGGUGCUCAUGGUUUUCCCCGUGCUCCAGGAGUUCCUCCUGCUCCUCCCCACCUGUUAGACUCGGGCAAGGCUCCAGCUCACUCUACAGGAACGGGGAAGGAAGAGGUUGUUCCUGUUGUGUGGCUCGCUGCUGAUCCUGCAACUGAAGCCCAACACCUGGCUGUGAGGAGUCAGCAGCUUCCUCCUCCUCCUCCUCCUCCUGGGUGCCUUCCAUCAGCAUGGAUACUUGGAGGAGAGGCUCCAUCAAGUCCACAACCUUCUUCAGACGUUUCUCGCUCAGGAGACACAAAAAGCUGGGCAACCAAGUCAUCCUCCUGAACCAGAACAGCCACACUCUGGACAGUGAUGGGCAGAAGAGGGAAUGCUUGAGGGAUCUGAAGGACAAGUCCGAAUACCUCUCAUACCAGAGUGAGCAAAACCUUGCCAAGGCACAAGCACCUCCCAAGCCUCCCCGGCUCUACUUGGACAGUUCCAGCUGCCCCAACAUCAUCGACCACACAGAUUCCCACCCUGACCUCUCCUUUUCUGGGGCUGCUCCCCAGUACCACAAAGCCACCCAGACUCAGUCCCAGCACAAGGAGCAGGGUGCAGCCUGCGGGGCGGCCGAGACGCCGGGCACAGCUCUGCCCGACCUGCCCGAUCCCUUCCUCUCCUUCAAGGUGGAUUUGGGGCUCUCUCUUCUCGAGGAUGUGCUGCAGACCCUCAGGAAACAGAACCCCAGGGAUUAUGCCAUUUGAAGGUAUUUCUCAUGUGACAACCCCCCGUGUGCUCUGUCCCAGUGGGAAGGAUGCUGCAGCACUGCCCUCCUGCCUGGUCCCUGCUGGUGUCCCCACCUCACCUGCCACAGACUGUCCUUGUCCUUGUCCUUGUCCUUGUCCCUGUCCUUGCCCAGGAGCCCUUUGGAGCAGAGCUCACAGGAGGCUCAGACAGGAGCACUGUCUGCUGGAACCCUGGGGGGGUUUUGAGUUUCCACGUCUGGGAAUUUCCCACUCCAGACUCUGCUUCUCCUCCUCCUCCUCCUCCUCCCAGAAGGACAGAGCUGCUCCGUGUUUUGGGGCUGUGACACUGGGAGCGGGGACAGAAAGGGACACGACCUGCAGCACUUGUGGACAAGCAGGAGGCAGCAGCAUUGCCAGAGCUGUGGCAGGGGUCAAGAGACAGGACCUGGGGAUUCUACUCCCACCAUGUCUGGAUGUAAAAAAAGAAAAAAAAGCCAUCCCUCCUCUUUUUUUUUCCUGUUUGCUUCCUUGUGGGUUUCUUUUUUCCCCAACUCAAGUGCAGUUGGCACUCCCAGCCUGGAAACAGGUAAGCAUCCACCUAGGCUUCUGAUACAGCAACUGCAGUUUGUUUACCUUACUAGCAGAAGUUUCUCUAGACACUGCUGCUUGGAGCAUGCACUGACCUAUCAGCUGUACAGAUCAGGAAGAAUAAAUGUGUC